AGUCGGAAGGCAGGAAGCAGCGUGGGCAGUCGCUCUCCCUGUGUCACCGCCUGCGUCAGACGCUAGGAGGGAGUUUUCCACUGACGAAAAAGGCUGCGCUGCCGAGCAGCCUGGCUCAGACAAGGGAGACGCUUCAGCUGGUACGGGUGUCCAUACAAUAGCGAGACAUAAAAACUGAAGACUGUCUAUACGGAUAAAGCGCGAUUGUUGUCGCCUGGAUUACUAUUAUUUCCUCAGCUGAUUUCUUCUAUUGUCACUAAUGGUGAUCGGAUACGUUAAUUCUUGAUCAUCCUCCGCUAUCUUAUUAGGGAGUGAGUGAGAGAGCGUCAUGAUGAGCGGACUCCUGAAGAGGAAGUUUUCGGAGGUGGAGGUGGUGGAGGAGGACGACCCCUGCUACUCGUCCUCGUCCCCGUCCUCGCUCACCUCCUCGGGGGCGGGCUGGGACUCGGACGGCGAGAGCUCCUGCUUCUCCGACACGCUGGACUCCACCCCUAGCAACCCCGGUUCCCCGGCAACGCCGCCUCCCACCAUUCUGUCCAUCCUGAAGAAGUCCAAGCGGGCGCGGAAGGCCAACGUGCAGUUUGACCAGGUGGAGGUGUUCUUCUUCCCGCGGUGCCAGGGCUUCACUAGUGUGCCCAGCCGCGGCGGCUGCUCCCUGGGCAUGCUGCAGCGGCACAGCGCCCAGCGCAGCUUCACGCUGGCCGAGUUUGCCGUGGAGCAGCGGCACUCGCGCCGCGAGAAGCUCAAGAAUCGCAUCAGGCAGGAGCGGCUGGAAGCACUGCGGCAGAAGCUGACAAAGAACGGCACCAUGGAGUCCGAGGAGGCUGACCGCCUGACGCUGGACGACAUCCCCGAGUCCGAGAUCGACCUGAGUGGCGUCAACAUGGAGGACGGCGCGUCCUUCCUGCAUCCGUACGCCUCCAAGCAGCGGCACGCGCUCCUCAAGGCCGCCGGCGUCAAGAAGAUCGACAAGGAGGAGAAGCGGCAGCUGCACGAGCUGCGCCUGUCGCGCGAGAACUGCGGCUGCGAUUGCCAGACGUUCUGCGAGCCCGAGACCUGCAGCUGUAGCUUGGCGGGCAUCAAGUGCCAGAUGGACCACUCGUCCUUCCCGUGCGGCUGCUCCAAGGAGUGCUGCGCCAACCCGGAGGGCCGCGUGGAGUUCAACUCGGGCCGCGUGCAGACGCACUACAUCCACACCAUCAUGAAGCUGGAGCUGGAGCGGAGGCUGGAGGAGCACUCCAACCAGGGCUCCGAGCACUCCCAGUCCCCUCCGUCGCCUUCGCCUCAGUCCCCUCCGUCGCCCUCGCCUCCGUCCCCGCAGUACCACCAACACCACUCGGCAGACUCAGAAAGUCACUCCUUCCAGCAGCUGCCGACGCUGUCGUUGUCGUUGUCUCCGCCCUCCUUGGUGGCCGACAUCCCCGCGUUCCACUUCAGCUCUGACCUGACGUCGGUCGGCGAGAACAGCUGCAGCAGCGACAUGACGGACACAUCGAGCUCGUCGGGCCAGAGCGAGGAGUACUCGUACUCGUAUGCGGAGCCUGGGGAGAGCCAGGCGGCGGGAGAGCGAUCGCCGCUGGACGUGGACGAGAAUGGCCUGACGCGCAUCCUCAGCUUCACCGACACGGACAGCGAGGACGCAAACUGUGGACUCGACAACGCCCGACACAAUAACACGGGCGCUAACGUUAAUGAUAACGAUAACUGCCAGAGGCGGACUCAGACGACGACGACAACAACGUCGUUUAGCAUAUUCGGGUCGUGUUUGGAGGACAAUGAUAAUAACACGCUCUCAAGUAGGCACAAGGACCUGGACGACAAUAGGACCACCACGUCCAUGUCGGAACUCUUAGAUGAAAAUGCCAACCAGGGCAACGCACUGUUCCACAGCAGCUGUGGUACCGUCCCUAACACGCCGUCCCCGUCGUACGACCACACGUCCAGCUACAAUAUGGACCUGAGUCUGUCCUCAGAGUCCGAUCUUGAGUUCUUUGACGGGUUCCCCUGCCUGGGACCCAGCUCGCUCUACAACUCCCUGAAGGAGUAUGAGCCCGUGGACAACUUCUUUCACUUCCAGUUGCCUAGCUACCCCAGCCUGCCUCAGGGUGGCGCCAGCAACGCCGACCCAGGCACCUGCCUCCUGGAGUCUCUGAUUGGCUUAGGCUCAGAGUCCGUUCCAGAGCCACCGCCCACUUUCACGGACAAUCAGAUGUUGGAAGAAGCCAUGAAGUUGUCGGUAAUGGAGCCUGUGAAAGUAUAAGGGAGCGAGUAAUUAAGGACUGCCAGAUUGUGUAACGGACAGUAUUGUAUAUAUUUAAAACAAACAGAAACCAAGAACUCCUGGGGAUUGGAUUGUGCUCAUGUAUUUACUUUUGAUGUGAACCAUUGUGAUGACUGUGACGUCAUACACCACCACCCCUUCCCCACCCCCUUCCUUAAAAUUGUAUUGAGAUUUUUUUUCUUGUUUGCCUUUGAAACUUCAGCAGAGCAGUGUGAUUCAUCGUGUCAUCACCCAAACGGUAGCUAUAGCAUUCGUGUUAUAUUAGUAUUUUUGGGAUGGGAGAGAACCAGCAGUGUUAAAAGAUUUUUGGCUUUCGAAGCCGCCUGAUCAGGGCUCUGGGUACCCAAUGCUGGUUGCGUAACAAACCACACCUAUCAUUGAGAUGAAUUGGUCAGCUGCAUUUUAAUUUAUAUUUUCGUCAGUAAGGGCAAUGGGGGAAGGAAGUCUAUCAGUAUCAUAAAAUAUGAACCUCAGGGAAUUUGCUCUAGCUUUUUUAAAAAGAGGCCCGAGGAUCGUCAUUGAGACACAGACAAGACACACACUCGUGCUGGACUGCAAACGGGGCUACUUAACACAGAAAAAAAAACGUUGCCAACAUUUCCAAGGCCAACUUUGAAUUUUGGAACCUUGAUGGUUUUGUAGUCCCUAUUUAGUAAGCUUUCUGUUUUCACUAGUGGGUGUUAAAAUCCACAGUGUUCAUAAAGUUUUUUGUAUCUUUAAAAAAAAAAGCUAGAGGAGAACUCCAGAUCCCUUAUGCUGGUGAACUUUUAAAUGGUCUGAUAUGGUACACAGUUCCCCUCCCCCAAAGGCUCCUCACUCAGCACUUUAUCUUUGAAGAUAGCCGCGAAAGAAAGAAAGAAAGAAAGAAAGAAAGAAAGAAAGAAAGAAAGAAAGAAAAAGGCAGAGACUCUCGUUCAUAUCCUUGUUUGUCCUUUGAAAUCGAGAUUGUUGGAAAGAAAAACUGCCUCUGAUGAUGGGUCAACCGUGCAGAAGUUUACUAGCAGGAAUUGCUGAGCAUUUUGUUUUUAUUUAUUGUCAAACCAAGAAUAGUACCGCUGUAAAUUGUUUCAAACAAAGGAUGGUAUAACUAAUAUCUAUUAUCAAUAUCACUUUUUUUAUUUAUUCCUUAAAUUUUAUUAGUUUUUCUUUUUUUAUUUAUUUCUCUUAUUUACCAAUUCAAAGAUGGGGGAGCAUUGUAUUACCAGCAAGUGCAACCAUUUUUCUUUUUUUAUAUAUCAUAUUUUAUUACUUUCUUCCUUGUACACACUAUUUUUUCUGUCAAUGGAGAAGAUAUGCAUACAAGACAUUCUUCACUAUGUCAUUCUCUUUUUAUUAUAUAUAAUUAACUGUUUGUUUGUUGGUUAAAUUAUUCAUCAUUUACCAUUUCAGCAGUCAUUUUUUAUUUAUUGCAUUAUUAGGGCAAUAGAGGAGGGAUGUGAAGAUGGGAGACGUUUACUAUAAUGUGCCUGUUCAUCUAAAAAGGAGCCAUGUUUGCCAGUCUGUUGUGUACUAGACACAGCGGUUGUUGUCGUCGAGCAGUUGGGUUGGAUUGGACUCAGCCCGUACCCAUCCAGAUCGGUCAGGGCUUUGGGUCAGCAGCAUUAGAGCCUAUUAUGUAGCUAGGAGCUUACACUAAGAUUUUUCUAACUAAUUUGUGUAGAUUUAAAAGAAAAAAAAAGAAAUGAAAGAAAAAGAGAAUUCUAAUCUGUAUCAAUGAUAUAAAUUAUUUUAUUAAAGAAUGAAAUCUGCAAUUUUUCUUCAAAUAUUGAAACAUUUGUAAUAUAUUAAUAAUAGAAAAAGAAAGUAUAUGAAGACCUUCGUUUUAUCACGUGAAAGGCCUUUUGUCGAGCCUCUCUGUGUGAAUCGGUGGUCUCUUUAUUAAACUAAAAACUAAUGUCAAUUUGCUAAGCCAAAUUUUGAUUGUACUCAGAAUGUUGAGAUAUAAACAAUUGAUCAACCUAACUGUGGCUGUAAAUUACUUGUUUAUAUUCUAUUUUUCUUUCUUUGGAUCAAGCCUGCAUAUAUUAUGCACCUUGUACCAUAUUAUGCAAUGUUGUCACCUGUGUUUCUUAAAAAGCCUCAUGGUGAGUGGACAGUGCAGUGACACUCACCCAUUGAGAUAUGAUUUAGGGAAAUCAUUCAACAAAGAAAAUCCCAUCCAAAUGUACAUAUCCCAUGAGAGCAAUGUCCAGUUGUAUCCCCUCCACUUCUGGCUUAUUCUGGGAAAAGAAAAGAUGCAUGCGGGACCCAUAUGGUAUAAUUUAAGCAAAAUGCACAAUCUGAAAUGUAAUUGCUUUUUGUGUUAUUUUGCUGACUUGAAUUCUAUUUCAUGUCCAGAAGAGGGCACUGUUUUUUUUGUUUUUUGUUUUUGUUUUACAAGAUUACCUACAUGUUUUUUAAUCAUUUCUCAUGAAGAUAUGACAACAAUGGGUAUUUCUUUAUUGUGAAUUCUUGUACGUGUUGACAACACUGCUUUUUUAAAGCAUUUCUUACUUUUUGCCUUUUUUGUUGUACAUACUGUAUUUCUUCAGCUUCAGUGGUACUACAGAGCAACAUGCUGCUUUUUAUAUUUUCACUCUAACUAUUUAAAAAUGUUCAUUUCAAGUCAUUCAACAGUAGUUUGUCCCUGCAAAUAAAAAAACUUCAGCCUUUUUCUUAAA